UUUGGAAUUUGAUAAAAACUGAUUGAAUUGUGCGUUGUCGAAUGAAUUCCUUUUUGUUUUCUCUUGGGUUGUUUUUGAAAUUUAGUGAAGCCGAGUGGGAGGCCCGUUUGGGUUCAAUACUGAGGCGUUAUAAAUCUUUGUGGGUGUUUGGGACAUGGGUUUUCUUCUUUUUCUGUUUGGAUUGAGGGCCGCCUAUUAGUUUCUCUUUGUUUUGUUCUAAGUGGAUUUGGAAUCGUAGGCUUGGUUGUCGUCCUUUGGAAAAAGGUGGGCUUGCGGUGCAAGUACUACUAACGCCUGUGUUUGGCAUAAGUUUGUGCUGCAAAUUAGCCUUUGUCUUGGAUAAAGAUAUUCCUAUUACAACUUGUUCUGAAGUUUUCUGUUGGAAACCUCAUACUUUGAAGUCCACCUCUUUGUUUGGGGAUCAAUUGAACUUUAAAUUCGGAACCCAUUCUAUGGUGUGAGCUUUGUUGAUGAGGAAACCAUUUUCAGAAAUGCGAAAAAGAAAAAAAUUUGGUGAAAUUAAGCUGCUACUCUACUGAACUUGAAUUAGGAUGUGCUGAACUUUGUGUGAUGUUGUCUUAGUCAUUGAACUUUAUGCCAUUCCAGUGUUGUUCAAAUCCCGAAAAAGAUAAAAGAAAAGAAAACAUGUUGUGAGGAGACACAUCCAGUCUUCUUGAAGCCUGACAAAGAGAUUAAACUUUGGAGUCAUAAUCCAAAAGAAAAGGGAAACAAAUUUGGAAUUUGGAAGCUGAGGGAGAAACUAAGAUGAAGAGUUGCAGGAAAUAUGAAUUAGUAUGUUGACCGAAAGGAUGUGAACUUCUGAUAGAAUAGGUCUUAAUAUGAAUGUAGAUGCAAAGACAUUGAUAAAAACAUGGCAAAUUAUAACUUGGAGUCUCUUUUAUUCUAGUAAAGGUUUAGUGACACUAUAAUAUGAAGACCAUUUUUUAGCAGGUGUGUGGAAUUUCAGGGUCUUACUCCUUGUCAUUCUUUCAAUCAACAAAACUGAAAACACGUUCAGAAGUGAUUUCUUUUGCUUUUGAUGCUAGAUUGAAACAAUUAUGCCUGUUUUCAUACCAAAAAUUUUUGGUAACUCCAUACAUCUUCUAUAGAGUUCCAUGGCUAAGUGGAUUCUUUAUUAGAGAUGGUUUAGAGCCUCAUACUUCUAAAAGGAAGUGCAACAAAGUGAUGGAAUAACUCAAUAAAACCUCUUGUACUUUAAAUAGGACAAAUCUGGAUUACAAUUUUGUUGUGCAGUUUGCUGUUGUCUUACAGCCAGAAGAGUAGUGGACUGUAAUAGACAGAUGGGUGUCCGAGCCCGAAACGGUAAUGAUCGCUUCAGGACAAUUUGGACACCAGAAAUGGAUCGGUAUUUUAUUGACCUCAUGUUAGAGCAAGUCAACAAGGGGAAUAGGAUAGAUGAUCAUUUAUUCAGCAAACGAGCAUGGAAGCAAAUGACAGCAUUGUUCAAUGCAAAAUUCAAUUUUCAAUAUGAGAAAGAUGUCCUGAAAAAUCGUCACAAAACACUGAGGAACCUUUACAAGGCUAUAAAGAAUCUCCUUUGUCAGAGGGGGUUUAGCUGGGAUGAACAGCGACAAAUGGUGACUGCUGAUAAUAAUGUCUGGGAUGAAUAUAUCAAGGGACACCCAGAUGCAAGGUCAUAUAGAAUAAAAACUAUCCCAUAUUACAAUGACUUGUGUUUUAUAUAUAGAAAUGCAACCCCUGAGCAAAAGGGUAAUCAUUUUGGCCAUGAUGGCAACCUUGACAAUAGCAUAUCAGGAUCAAAGACGAGUGGGAUAUCCCCUGUUACGUCUGUUGAUGAUGGGGAACCAACUGACAUUAUUCACGAGUCAUCACAUUCAGGUGGGAACAAGAUAGUAACCGCCACUCAGCCAAUGAGCCUGGGUGAGGUGGCUGUGGAGGCUCUCCAUGACAUCAUGAUCAAUGAAGAGUAUGACAUCUCUUUGUCAAAAGAAACUGUGGAUGAAAAACCUCAAGCUCCACCAGGUGAAACAGGCCCCAGCAUGAGUCAUCGUACAAGGACUUAUUGGCAACCACCCAUGGACCGUUAUUUCAUUGACCUCAUGCUAGAUCAAGUGCAGAAAGGGAACCAGGUUGAUGGUGUAUUCCGAAAACAAGCAUGGAUGGAGAUGAUUGCGUCGUUUAAUGCUAAAUUUGGCUUUAAGUAUGAUAUGGAUGUUUUGAAAAACCGAUUCAAAACUCUGAGAAGGCAAUAUAAUGUCAUUCGGAGCCUCCUUGACUUGAAUGGGUUUGUCUGGGAUGACACAAGACAAAUGGUGACUGCUGAUGAUUGCGUCUGGCAGGAUUAUAUCAAGACACAUACUAACGCACGCCAGUACAUGACCCGGCCUGUGCCAUACUACCAAGAUUUGUGCGUGAUAUGCAGAGAACUUAGCGUUGAUGGAAGAGACACCGAUUUGGGUUACGACGAACCAGAUGACACUCCAGAAGUCAAGUUUCAAGGAGUUUUGAAGAUUUCAGAGUCUCCAGCUGCAUCAUUUUCCAGUGAAGAGCAGCUGGGUGAGUUGAAGGAGUCAUCACAUUCUGGGUUAAGAAGGAACAAGCGACAAUUAGUAAAUCCAUCGAAUUCUGCAACCCCAAAAAGAAUUCGAAAAAAAGAUGGGAACAUGGCUAGCGCUCUUAGGGAGAUGGUGACUGCAGUUUCUUCUAUAUCAGAAAAGAACAAGGAUGACGAGACCUCGGGUUCCAUCUCAAUAGAGAGUGUGAUUGAAGCAGUCCAAGCCUUACCAGACAUGGAUGAGGAACUUGUUUUGGAUGCCUGUGAUUUCUUGGAAGAUGAAAAGAAGGCAAAAACAUUUCUGGCUUUGGACGUGAAACUGAGAAAGAAGUGGUUGAUAAGGAAGCUCCGUCCACAGCAGUUAUAGGGUGACAUUACAUUCUUUCAUGUACAUUGGGCAUUCUGCAUUCGAAUAGGCUUUCUACCGCUUUUCUUAUUAACCACACUCUGUAUGGACUUAAAACUGAUUUAAUAAUCAGGUUAACUCCAUACCACCUGUCCAUUAUCCUCUGUUUAUUGAACAUUUAUUUUGAAAAGCAUGGUUAGAACUCAUAAAUGCGAUGUACAAUUCAUCAGCUUGGCUUUUAUAGUGGAAAUGUUUCUAUUUGAAGUGCUUUGA